AUGACCAACUUCACAGAUGAAGAUCUGGACAACUAUUUGCAAAAUCAGGUGGAUCUCAGGCAUCGUCUGGUUUCAAAGUCUGUAGAAGAUGUGCAGAACAUAAUCAAAGAUCUUAUAGCUGAGGUCAGCUCAAAGGAUGCUCGUUUCCAGUCCAUUGCAAACUCUGGAGUUCAUAAUGCCAUCCUCAAAGUGCUCACCCCAACUCUGUUCCUGAUCUUAGUGCCCCUACAGGGCCUGAUGGGCUAUAAGAAGAGGCGAACACGUCAGUGGCGGUACUACACACAGAACGGGUCUCAUCUCCUCUCACCGGUCCGUGAGCCAGAGAAGCUCCACCAGUGGCUGGAGCUGGAGAGUUUUGUCAAUCUGAGUCAGGAGUGGCAUGAUGCCCGUAUGAUCAUUGAGGGUGAUAUUGUGCCAGCCAAGGUAGUGAAUGUCUUCAAAGAGCAUCUUGAGGCAUCCAUAAAGACCUGCAGACUAACAAGUUAGAGCUUUUACAGUAUCCACCUGUUUACUCAAACAGAACGAGAUCUAUUUUCUAUCUACUUCUGAUUUCAUUUUUCACACAUUGUCUGAUGAAUAAUCAAAAAUCUCCAACAAACAUACUCUACUGAUAUACAACUCUUCUGGGAUAACAGAUUGAUUGAUUGAUUUCCAUAAAUAGCAACUGUAUCUGAAUUUGCAUGAAAACCACAAACAGAGUAUCAAGGGUGUUUGCAGACAGUGGUCCAAUACUUGCUGGUGUCUCCCUAAUUUAUAAUGUUUAAUAUACAGUAGUGCUUAAGUUCACAUUGACAAUCUAAGAUCAAAAACAUAAUUUUAAUCUAACCUGGAAGAAUUAUGUAUAAGAAUAAGUAAUAUUUAA